GCUCCUAGAGCUCCAGUUCCACAUAAUGUGACUGAUGUUGAGGUUUCUGUGACAGCUGUUGAUAUUUUUCUGUGGCCAGUUGAACAAAUUAAUGGUCCAAUAAGGUAAUUAUUAAUAAGAAUGUGAUUUUCAGAAUAACCUAAGGUUGACUAGGUCCUUCCUAAUGAUAAGGUAAGAUUGCCAGCCGCUUCUCGAGAAAUGAGGUCACGCUUCUUCCACGAAGUCUGGCUUGAUUCAUGCAGUGGAAAUCAAGCGAAAGAGGCGCCAGAUUCAUGUGUUUCGAAUCUUAAAUCUGUAGGAAAAAUAAUCCUCAUCGCAGAGAAAACCUUGCAAUUUCUAACUGGGGAGAAUUUCAAGGCAGUGCACAUCGAAUUGUCGAGGAAAUGAUGAUCAGAAUCCUUCUGGUAGAUCGGCUGACAGCUUACAGAAGACCUCUAACCAUACAAAAGUCUCUCUUUGUGGUAGAUUUAAUUUUAUCUCGGAAAAAGAACCUUUGUUUGACCCUUUUUACCUCUAGUAAGAUUAUGGUAUGUUGUUGAAAGCAGAAUAAAUUCUAGCAAAAGGAUUUAAGUCAUUGAUGCUAAGAUCAAAAUGUGAUUAGAGGCUAUAUACAAAUUGUCUUCAUGACUCGGGCAAAUUGUUUUCAAUCUUUCAGUGCUUAUCAAGCUAUUGUUCUGAAAGUUGUCAAUGAUGUUGAAGAGCUUCCGGAAAAUUAUGAUUCACAACUGAAAGCUGCCAGUGAUGCAAAGAACGAUGACGUGAACUUUUACAUUGCUGCUGAGAUAGGAAAUGUCCCAGCGCUCAAAGGACCUUGGAAAUUUACUGUUGGUGACGGUGAAAAAACUGGAAACUAUUUGAAUAAAGAACUUGAAAAAGGACAAAACUACAUUGUGUAUGAGAGAGCUCUAACUAAAACCACGAAGGUAUGUAGGCUAUAACCUACGUCCCUCCAUUACUCGUAGAACUGGGUUUAAUGACCUUUUUGCAAUCGAUUUUAAAGAGUAGUUUGCUACACAGUGGUCUAGCCUUUAUUGCGGAGAAGAUUGUUCGCACCACAUUGUAUGAGUUAACACAAAAACUAGGAGGAGGUCUAGUCUAAGCACAUACUUUUCAGUCGUAUUAUUCUCACUUCAGUUUUCCUCAUUGUUUUUAAAAUAUGUGUUUUGUACGGGUUUUUUUGAAAUAUGUGGUUUGUUUUUUUGUAUAUUCUACAGGAAGUACUAAAAGGAGAAGUAGGGAGCGUUGCCAAAAUUUCUAUCACCCCGGCCAUUACGGGUUUGUCCAUAUUACAUUUACAUUUAGCUUACCAACAAGUUACAGUUUAUACGAUUGUAGAUUUACUUUUGUAAUUCAAGGGGCUUUCUUUCAUUGAACUAGUUUACUUCUUUUCAGUAUACAGAGCCUGGUGUCUACAUUUUCGUUUAGAUAGUCUAGAUCUACAAGCUAGUCUAAAUCCAUAUCAUCAACUAUGAGCGUUCAAAGUUUAUGCCAGAACUUGGCUCGCUCGGCCUGGUACCAAGCUAAAUUUAAGGACAGUAGCGAGCUGCUAACAAAACUAAAGUGAAUUUGAGGGAAACAAUUGAUAAAUUGAUGGCUAGGGUAGCCAAAGCCAAAAAUGCGCAAAUAAACCUAAAGAGAACAAUGAUGGUUAAGAAUGGAGAAGAUUAACGCGGAUUGGAAAUGAAGAAGUUCCGAAUUGUCGGUUAAAUGUACUUUCCUCGAACCAGCAUUUAAAACUCAAGACUUUUUCUUAGCAUGAGUCAGUACCGCAGUUGGUAGUACGAGUCCGCAAUCCAAGCCGACACCAUUUUAGUCAUUGCCGGUUGUGCGUGUAUUUUCUUGCGAUGUCACUCGAACCUUCAAAACGAUUUUCGGCCAUAGUCGACUAAAAUUAUUUUCUUAAAAACAAUUUUUGAUUUUUGAUUACCAAAUGUCUACCCUGAAAUGCUAUUUACGCUCUUCUUUCGUGGAAGGUGGAAGAGAGGAAAAGUCCAGCGGUUUUAAUGUCGUUGCUGUUGCUGUGCCUGCAGUUCUGUUGCUACUCCUUAUUCUAGCAGUUGUUGUUGCUGUGCUCUUAUACCGGAGGUUUGUUUAUUUUAAGAUUGAAUACUAAUGACUGAGCGUAGAAAAAAGUAUUGCAACCGAAAAUUGCACAUCUUAUCUUUUUUUUUCAGGAGAAGGGAGACAAGAUCCCAAAGUGCCAGUGAAAGACCUGUCCAAUUUGAUGACCUUCAAAACGGUUAUGAAAACCUUGGCGCGAGUACAUCAAGUUUGGUUUAUCAGAAUGUGGGAGACAGUCGUCUGUCAAUUGAAGGUAUGUUAUAACAUGGUUGAUUGCCUAUAGGGAUUAUCAAGAUACUGAAAAGUUCCAUAUAUGCGAUUUCUUGACCCUAAAGGUAUUGAACAACAGUCUGACGGUGGAGAGGAAGAGGCUACCUACAGUGAGGCUGACGAUGGUAAGCCCAAACCAAUUCCUGUGGCUAAUUUUGAAAAAUACUUCAAGAGAGGUUCUGAAAAUGGUGCUAUUGCACUGCGAGAGGAAUAUAAGGUAAGACGUUGGUUUUUCUGUGUGUUAUUGUACGAGAGAACACUUGUAAAUAUUUCUCGAUUUUUUUUUGUGUUGUUCGUUUCGCAAUAGGUGACUUGGUAUUUGAGGUGGAUUUUGUUGCAAGGGUCUCAAAAAGUGAUCACAUCGAAUCGUUUUUGAUAAAACCACAUGUUUUGCAACUUAGUAUAUACCUUUCUUAGAAUUUACAGGGCGAUAUGCUGUUUCCCUGUGAGAUUGGCAAGAGUAACAGAGGCAAGAACCGUUAUGGAAACAUCGUUUCAUGUGAGUACAUGUAGAGAUUUUUUGUUGUUUCUAUCCAACGGUAACCAUGUAUAAAAAAUUUAAGUUAUAUUAAAUUAAAAUCAGUUUCUAGUGACUAGACCUUAACUAGCGCUGCCUCUGCAGUUGGUCUCUUUUAAGGCAAUAAUCAUUAUUAUCAAUCAGUAUAAAUUCCAUAGCUCUCUGAAUAUAAAACUGUGUCAGUAUCUCCAUCAUUUCAAAGUUGGUGAGGUGGGAAGUGGUAAAAUGGUUAAGUUUGAGUCAGAAUUUCGCACCAUACACUAUGUUCAAGAUUUAUACGUAUUUCACGCCAUAAAAAAAAACUUAACAAGUUCCUAAAUCACCAAUUGUGUUAAUUAACAGAUGAUCAUUCUCGUGUUGUUUUGGAGGAAAUAGAGGGUGAUAAAAAUUCCAGCUACAUCAAUGCAAGCUACAUUCCGGUCAGUAACACGAAAUACAUAUGCAUAUGACGACAAGACAACGACGGAGACAGGACGACACAAUACGACUCGACACAAAACGAAACGGUACGAAACGACAAUACAGAGCAAUAUAACGGCGCGUCGACACUACUUGUUUGAUGAUAUAUAUAAAUGAAGAGAUAACAGAUUAAAAAGAUAUACAAAUAAAACUUAUUUUACCGUUCGGGCAUCUUGAAAAAAAAUCAGCAUGAAUAUUUUCUGUUUUCUGUCUGCAGUCUUUCAUUACUCUUAUGGGGUCGCCUUUCAUCCAUUAUUGUUUAACUUCGACAGCAAAUCUCAUAACUUACAUAAUAAACGGCUGAGAAAGGCAUGGAAAAGACAUUAUAUCAAUAUUUUGAAUACUUAUAAUUAAUUUCAGUUAACUGUUACGGUAUAAUCUAACCGACAGAAAAACACUACAAUCCUACCAACUCAACUACCUUAUUAAACAACGAGUGAUAUUCUUAAUAAGGGGCGACUCCUAAAGGCAGUACAAUAAUUAUGCUCAGUGAACUUACUUAAGCCCCUUACAGUCUAUAUCUUAGCUCGCCGAACUCAGUUUCCUCUAACUUUUCUUGAAAUUAGCAAUCUUCCACUUUAGCUCUCUCUAACGGUAUAGCUUUCUAAAUAGUCGGUGUCUCCUGACAACAACAACAACUACUACUACUACUGCAUAACUGAGUCCUUGUAUACAUUUACACAGUGUUCCGGAACAUUUCAGAAGCUUAUAAAAGUACCAUUUUAAUAGUGUUACGUAAUAACUGCGUGAUUUGAUGAAAUGUUUUAGAAAGUUCUAUGGUACACUUGUCAGCAUGAGUAAGCAGUCUGGAGAAUUCAAGAUGCUUAUAUUUACAACAAAAAUUACUCAUAACAUCAAGUUUUCUACUUUCUCUCCUUAGACCUACGACGAGGUCACCAUGACUUAUAUCGCCACACAAGGUACAAUUAUCUGGAGGAGUCUCAUAGAAACACCCAUAAUUGUCACACGUUAACACGAGUCAUUGUCUAACUGCUGUAGUGAACUCUGCUGCAAUAUAGAGUUAGAGAACUACAAAACGUCUCGCAUAAUAAUUACUGUUGGUUUUAUCUGGGUCUCCUUCAGUAUAUUUAACCGUGUACCCUCUGCACAUGGGACACCUCUGGAACUAACAAAAGCUUCCUUGAGUAAAAGUUCCUUCGAUUAACGUAAUAGGUGCAAAGGUUAUAGAAAUUUCUCGCUUAGUUCGAACGAUAGUUUCUGCAUUAUUAGGGGGCGAAGAUUAUCGCUCGUUGUUACGGGGUUCAGUCCCUUUAUAGGGGUUUUCUGUGGCCUUUUUCUGGCCAUUUUGGUUGUGCUAGUUUUCCUUUGUUACUCUGUUGGCAAAACCUCUCAGGAAAAAAAGAACAUUUAUAAAUGUAUUCAAGAAAGUUCCCAUUGUUCCGAAAGAAAGACUUGUCCCAUUGUUGUGUCAAUGUUGUUAGAUAGCUCAUAGCUUUGUUAAAUUACCACACGCUUCGCCAUUCUUUAACAAUAUUCUGACUACUUGUAAUUGGGUUAUUAGGUCCAACUUCUACAACUGUCGAUGAUUUCUGGCGACUGGUCUGGCAGGAAAACUGUUCCACCAUUGUGAUGCUUACAAACCUGGUUGAGGGGGGAAAGGUAGACGUAGAUCAGUUUUCAGUUUAACGUUCAACUUUAUCCGGAGUUUCAUUUAUUUUGCAUUUCCUUCGCUUCGUGAGUGGUCUGUAAAACUGGCACCAUAACCUUAAAUAUCGAUCACAUUCAAAACCAAGAUCAGAAUAACGUCAUGGGUUGCUACAUACAGGCUCACAUGCAUUUUUUGUUGUUGUUGUCUUAACUGUAGGGUAAAUGCGAUCAGUAUUGGCCAGAUCACACUUCCAAAUAUGGUGCUUUCACAUUUACUCUUCAAAAGACUGAAACUUUCGCCGAUUACGUCAUCAGGUCAUUGAUUGUGACGAAGGUGGGGUGUCUUAAUAAAAUUGCUGUUUUUAUAUUUAGUACUUCCUUAAAGAAUAUGGCCUUAAGUGCUAAACAAAAAGUCCUAAUCGUUUUAAGUCUACACCUUUUGGGUGUGUUACAUACCUAAAAAGUACAUGGUAACAGUGCGCAAAUUGCGAUGCAUCCGAUCAAAGAAGCUGCAACCCACUGGCAGGGUGUAUUUGUAUUUGUACCGGUGGCGGAUCUCUGUGGAGGGUACGGGGGAUUUGGACGGCCCCCCUACCACCCUUAGUUCAUUAAGGCUGCAGAGUAAAAAACAAAACAAAAUAUGUGAUGAAAACAGAAAUGUGUCUUUUGAAUCAAAGUUUGGGCCCCCUGGAUCUGUUUAGGCAUGAUCUCUGUUCCAACUAAAAUUACGUAAUGGAAUUAAUCUUUCAUUGAAAAAUACUCGAAAAUAAUGACGUAUUUUGGGCUCCCUCUAUGACAACAUCUUCAACCAAGGCGUGAAUUUCCCCUUAGGAUUCAGAAAAAAGGAACGUGCACCAUUUUCAUUACGUCACUUGGCCAGACAAAGGCGUCCCACAACAUUCCACAGCUCUACUUGGAUUUAGACAAAAGAUUCAUGCCAGACACCAGGCUACUGGUGGACCACUUCUUGUGCACUGCAGGUAAAGAGCACAGAAAAAUUUCAAGACUUAAAGUUAAUGGCUUCAUAUUUACAAACUAUUAUUAUUUGGGUUAAGGUUCUUCUGCAGAUUUUCUAAUUAAAACUUUUCUUUUCUACGGAUAACGAUAAAAAUGUUUCUUAAUAUACCUCCAUGUGUGUAAAUUACCAAGGCCCUCCAUCAACCAAUCCCUUACCCUCGAGAGUCGCCCAAUCGUGCUUAAAAUAACUAACAAUUUUAACAGGGCUUUUCAGUUGGUUGUCGUAAAACCAAAACCAAAGCAAUCCCAACAUCUAAUGCGACGGAAGAUCGACAUCAUGAGGAACAAAUGAGGACUCAAAUUAAAUACAAGGAAACUACUCAAAGUGCAAGUCACCUUGUCGUGUUUGAUCAGUGCGAGUUUCCAUGCUUAAAAAAAGGGUUGAUUGUUUUCCUUCGCCUCUUCCCUUCAUAUUUUUUAACAAUAAGAAUUGUUAAUUAUCUCUAUUGUUACCCUGGUACAGUGCUGGCGUUGGUCGAACUGGCGCAUACAUUGCUAUCGAAGCUAUGUUGGAGAGUGCUGAGAAUAUUAAAACUGUGUUCAUACAGAAUUACGUGCAAGUAAUGCGUAGAUCUCGUCCUUACAUGGUGCAGAAAGAUGUAAGCAAUUUCAACCGCUUUCCAUAAGAAUAACAGCAGAAUAAGUUCUUUUUUAUUCUUUAUUUCACGGUUCGUCGUGCUCCACGGUUAUUGUGAGGACCGUCGUAAGCCAGUUAUGAUUUCGAUAAAACGCCUAAAUGAUUUCAGAGUUCAACUUCUUGAAACCACCAUCUUCAAAUUUAGAAAAUCUAAUCGUUCUUGAUAUGACUUUAUCCGAAUUGAUAUAUAAAUAUAUAUAUCAAAUAUAUAUAUAGAUUGAUGUAUAUAUAUAGACAUAUAUCAAAAGCCGUUUGUCUCAUCACUACUCUGUCUCUGCAUAGAACCAGUGCGUUUUCUUGCUCCAAAAACUGUUCGUUCAGUCCAACAGUAUUGGUAUUGACUUUACCUCUGUAUAGGAACAGUAUGUUUUCCUGCAUCAAGCAGUAAUGGAGGCCUUGGUAUGUGGAAAUACAGAGAUUAUCCCUCAGGACCUACGAAUUGUGAUGAACAAGCUUUCCAUGGUGCAUAAACCAUCCAAAAAGACUGGAUAUGAACGAGAGUUUAAGGUAACUAGCAACUAUUUCUAAUAAAUACAUUUCGCUUUGUUGCGAAAUUAGACUUAAAUACCAAUAAGACAGCUUAUUACUUGAUCCUGAGGAUUCUUUUAAAUACUUCUCUGUUUGAUAUUGUUAACAUCACAUUCAUGUCUUAUCUACAUAAUCUCCACAAACUAACGAUUGUGUCUCGCUCAUAAGUGAGCAUUGACUCAAUUAUCAAAUCACAAAAAACUGCUCUAGCUUGAAGAAGAAGGCAAUAACUCAGUUCGGUAAGAAACAAAAACGGCAGAGGAACUAACAUGAAAGCAGGACGGCCAAAGGUUGGCUUAAGAUAAAGAAGAUGAAAAGGGUUUUCAAAGGAAAAACUGAAAGAUGCAAAAAUAAUCACUUACAUCUUUUGAUACUUUUGUCGUAGCGCUUGGAACUUGUAACAAACGCCCAGGCUUCUCAAGAGGAAGCAAAGGAAGCAUUUCUGCCUGAAAACGCUGUCAAGAACAGAUUCCCCAACACUGUUCCGCGUAAGUGUUACCUUGUCUUACUUUGCAGUCUUUCAAGAAUGUCAAACAAGAUUUCUGCUCACUCCUGUGUUAUUUCCUAAUGGAGCCCUAAACCAAGUGAGGUCUCAUUCGGUCUGAAACCUUACGAGUGGUCAACGACAUAGAAAGGCCCCAAUCAAUGUAAAAUUUGUUAGUCACGAGUGGAUUACCGAUUGGACGACACAAAGUUUUGUUACCUAAUGAUCAAAGUUUUCACAAAUUUUGGGAACAAAUUAGCCAUUGAUCGAUCAUAGUCACGGCAAAAAGAUUUCAGUUUACUUAUAUACACGAGAAAAUAAACCCAUAGUCUAGAUAAUAAUGCGCGAAAAUGCAAAUACUUUUCAAUAAAGCAGGCUUUCACACAAUUCAGCCGCCAAUCAUCAAUCAUUCUCCAUAAUUUUGUUUGUUUUGAUAAAGAAAGGUCAUAGCCUAUAAGGUAUUAUGAAGUCGUACUGCGAUGACCCAAACAAAUAGAAUGUUAUAGGUUCGAGUCAUGGCUAAAGUCACUGUGUUGUGUUUUAGGACAACUUAGGUAAACUUCACACGAAGGGAACCCAAAUUGGCGUGAAAUCAAGGUUUCUAAGACAGCGUAGGACUUGGAAUAAAGAAAUAUCUCCAGGUUAACUAAAAUGCGUAAAGUUCGACAAUUGGUACCCUAAAAUUCCAUACCAAAUUUCAGGUGGCGCCACACAUCGAAUAAUGUUUCCAAACGAUAGAUCUAAGAGAAUCUUUAUUGUCACAAUUUUUCCAUUUAAACUCUUUAUUCAAUAACGCAACAGCUACUACAUGACAACAUGGGCGAAAUCAAAAUGGCGGGUCCGAUACCACGUUUUUUCCCACAGGUCCGAUGGGAGCGCGUGGUAUGACGUAAUAUGACAUCCCCCUUUCUACCGAUGUAAUAAUAAUAAUAACGACAAAAAAAAAAAUGGAACUUAUCAUAUCUCCAGAACAUUACAAUACUGGUUGAAAGGAUAUCCCUCCUGUGCUUAUACUUAUAAGUCUAUUCUUUAGUGUCUCUACUGUUAUAGAUCCAGCCUUUGUGCAGGUGUCACAGUCCUCCCAGAUCUGGUCACAUAUCCUCCAGCUAUGUCUGAGGGUCCCUGGGGGAUGUUGUUCAGUGGCACUGUUUCGCCAGAUCCUGGUCUGGGGGCUGCACCGUUUUUGUGCGAUGUCUGUGUGUGACUGACUGGGGCAAGACUAGUUGUCUGCUGAGGUAUCUCAGAACCUUGGUAUACUGGGGUUUCCACCCGCUGGCAUUGUGUUCCCCUCACUGCAGUUGUGUCUGGUUUCAGUUGGGCCCAUGUUCUUCGAUAGGUGGUACCUGUACUGCUGGAUCUGAUGAUGUAAGAUCUUGGCUGUUUGGCGGGUUUUACAAUAAUGCCAGGUUCCCAGGUUUGUGAGUGGUGGUUGUACGUGCGGAUGGGUUGGUCAGCUUCGAAUGGCUUUUUGGGUGGUCCUGAAUGCUGGUUGUAAUAGUGGGCUUGUUUCUCCUGACGGGCUAUGAGCUUACUUUUCAUGACCUCAUGGUGAGAGUGGUUGAGGAGGACUCUAUGGCAUGCUGGUAAUCUAGUUUUAAAUUUUCUGUUGGUGAGCAGUUCUGCUGGGGAUUUCAGCUGGUGAUCCAAGGGAGUGGCCUGGUAUGAUAGGAGAGCAAGGUACGGGUCCUCUUUAUUUUCAUCGCACUUUUGGAGAAUGUUUUCCACGGUCUGGACCAUUCGCUCAGCAAACCCGUUGGAUUGGGGGUAUAGGGGAGCUAGUAAUGUGUUCUACCCCGUAGACGUUCAUAAAAUGCUUGAAUUCUGCCGAACUGUACUGCGGUCCGUUGUCGGUCGUCAACUGCGUAGGGAUGCCGUGUUCUGCAAAGAUGCUCUUCAGAUGGUUGAUAACUGCAGAUGACGUGGUGCUUGUUAGUCUCCUGAUGACAGGAAAUCUGCUGUAUUGAUCUGUCAACAGGAGGUAUUGCUGCCCUCUAAAUUCGAACAAGUCCGAACUGAGUCUUUCCCAUGGUCGGUGUGGCGGUUCUGGCUGUAGUAUUGGCUCUUUCCUUGCUUUAUUUUGGUAUUUCUGGCAGGGUUCGCACUGGUUAACUUGGUUGAUGAUUUCCUUUGUAAUUCCAGGCCAGAAAACGGAUGUACGUGCUCGUAAAAGGCAUUUCUCUUGCCCUAGGUGGCCUUGGUGUAUGAUGUUCAGGAUUUCAGGUCUGAGAGUAGGAGGUAUCACGAUGCGGUCUCCUUUUAGUACUAAGCCGUCCUCGAUGGUCAGCUCUUCUCUGAAAUUCCAAUAGCCAUGUAGCAGUUGGGGCACUCUUCUCUUUUCUGUGGCCAUCCUUCAAAGACCAUUUCUUUUAACAGAGACAACACAGGAUCCCUCCCUGUUUCGUCACGGAUCUGUUGUAGCUUUGUUGGAGUUGCAGGGAGAUGUUGUGUGACGUGGUGGACAUAUAUCUCUGAAAGUUGACUGCUGCUAGGGGUAGGCUGGGGGCUGACUCUUGAGAGCGUCGGCUAUUGGUACAUCAGGACCUUUUACGUAGUUGACCGUAACGUCGUAUUUCAGGGCUCUCAUCAAGAACCUCUGUAAUCUAGGUGGGCAACUGGACAGUCGCUUCUUGAAAAUCGCCUCAAGAGGUUUAUGGUCAGUGUUUACUGUACAGUGCUUCCCAAAAAUGUAGUAGUUAAAUCUCUCUAGGCCCCAUACUACACCAAGUGUUUCUCUCUCAAUGUUGCUGUAGUUUUUUUUUCUGUGUCUGUAAGUGCUUUGGAGGCAUAGCAUACAGGUUGCCCCUGCUGCAAAAGGACGGCGCCUACUCCCUUCUGGGAAGCGUCAGUUUGAAUGACAGACUCGAUGUUUGGGUCAAAGUAUCUGAGGACUCCCAUUGAUGUGAUUUCCUGUUUGACUUGGUUGAAUGAGUCGUCGUGUUCAGGUCCCCAUACAUAUGCGGUGUCCUUCUUGGUAAGUUCUCGCAGUGGUGCUGUGAGGCUAGCCAAUCGCCCUGAGUAUCUUGUAAGGUAGUUUACGAGGCCUAAGAAGCUUUGGAGGUCUUUGCGGUUCUCAGGUGGGGUCAUCUUCUGGAUUGCAGAUAUCUUACUGUCAUCUGGUUUGAUUCCAUCCUGGGUCCAUUUGUGGCCGAAAAAGCUGACUUCCUGACAUUUGAGCUGUACUUUGUCUUUGUUGAAUUUGAUUCCCCUUUCCUGGAUCUGAUCAUGAGGUUUACCAUGUUCGCAUCGUGCUCUUCCUCUGUAGCUCCGUAUAUGAAUGUAUCGUCUGCAAUGCCGGUGACUCCUUUCAGGCCCUCCAGUGCUGAAUCUAAGUGUUUCUGGAACACAUCUUGUGAUACAAUAAGGCCAAAGGGGAGCCGGGUGAAACGGUAUCUCCCGAACGGGGUGUUGAAAGUAGUCAGGUAGGAGCUGGCUUCGUCUAAUGGUACAUGCCAGUAGCCCUUUUUGGCAUCAACUACACUAAAGAAUUUGGCACCACUAAGCUGUGUGACUACCUCAUCAAUUGUUUUGGUGUAGUAGUGUUCGCGUUUUAUUGCCUUAUUUAGGUCACGUGGAUCGAGGCAGACUCUGAUUUUGGUGACUUCUCCUUUGCCGUUGGUUGUUUCAGAGAGGACGAUGCUAUUAACCCAGUCUGUGGGUUCGCUUACGGGUAUGAGCACUCCAAGUUCUGCCAUGGUGUUGAUUUCCUUUCUAAACAUGUCUCGAAGGUGUACUGGUACGGUACGUGGUGCGUGGAUGACAGGUUCAGCAUUGGAGUCUAGGGUGAUGUGAUAAGGUUUCAUAUUGAAGGUUCCCAGGCCUUCAAAGCAGUCUCCGAAGUUGUUGAAGAAGGUUAUCCUGUCCAGUGGGGGGUAUGUUUCAGUGUCUAGACGGCUAGGGUAUCUGCUGGUCCUUUGGUGCGGUUUGCAUGGUCUGUGUUCUUUAGGGCGGGUCUCUUUGUCUUCUUUGGAGGUUUCUAGGCUGCAAUUAAAUUUUACCAGCUCAAGUUCCUCGCAGGUUUUACAGCCAAGCAUUGUAGGUCCUGGUACGUCAGUAACAUUGAAAACGACUUCUUUAAUGCUGCCAUUUUGAUGGACGUAUAGUGGACAGGUUCCAAGGGUCUUGAUGGCGUGGCCUCCAUACGCAGUAAUCCUGUGGUGUGUUGGGCCAAGGGGUAUCUGCUGGGAACUGCGGUUGAGUCUGUCAUAGUCGUCUUUGGAGAUGACAUUAACUUCUGCACCAGUGUCGACCUUGCAGAUAAUAGGUAUCAGGUGUGUAUCAUGGGGUCUACCGUGACUUGUAUUUCAGUCGUGACUUUGGUGCGUUGUUUUUUUUUUGUUCAAUGCUUGCGAUCAUUGAGGUACUGGGGCUGUCUCGGGCUUCUAGUGUUCCCAGGAAGACUUUGUCGUAGCUUGUGCAUUCACUUGUUACACCAUCAGGUUGUUCUUUUGUAGGGUCAUCACAUCUGACCUUGUUUUAGACUUGCAAACUUUGCUAAAAUGACCGCGUUUGUUGCAGUUGAAGCAUUCUACUCCAGUGGCUGGGCACUGCUGGUCUUUGGUGUGUGGUGUGUCUCCACAUCUGUAGCACUGUCUUAGGUUGUUGUCACGUCGUCUGUUUCCUCUACCACUGGUGUACCUUUGGUGGGGCUGGUUUCUGGGCUUGUUUCCUCUGCUGAUUGCAUUGACUUCCCCUUCUUCUUGCUUUGGGUUUGUAGUGUCACUCAUUGCUUUUAAUUGCAUCUGGGUAGCCUCAUCAGUUCGUGCAAUUUCUUUUGCCCUUGCAAAGGUUAAUUCAUUACCGCGGGCAAUGCAUUUUCGUCUGACCUCUUCCGAAUCGGUGCCGAAAACUAAUGUGUCACGCAUGAGUUCGUCAUGUAAGUCAGGUGGGUAACCUGAGCUCUGUAUGAGUAGCCUUGCUUCAGUCAGGAAGGUGGCUGGGGACGAUUAUUCUGUUUCAGACCUCGUAGAUAAUAUCUGUUCAAGAUAUGGUUUGCUUGUGGUUUAACAUGGUCUUCGAAUCUUUUCCAGUAUUCUUUCAGGUCUUUUUGUUGGUCUUCGGUUAGCGACCAAGUGUUAAAUAAGUCUAUUCCGUAAUCGCCUGACCAUAGUAGCACAUAUUUGCAUUUUUGAGUGCCGUCUCGAGCUUUUAACGGUCCAUCAAGUAGCAGUUCACACUUUUGGCGGAAUCUCUUGAAUCUAGUUAAUAAAUCUGGGCCAGGGUCCAGUCAUUUUUUGGUACUUCAAACCCAACCAAGUCGCUCAUUUUUGGCUAAAUUGCACGAUAAGACAGGACUUUGUAGUAAACACUGUAAAAUCGUACGUACCGGUUUUCUUGGUUGUUCUAGCGGUGAGAAUUCCUCUAUUGGUGUAAAUCUAUCCCACUUCCGACAUCCAUGUCACAAUUUUUCCAUUUAAACUCUUUAUUCAAUAACGCAACUGCUACUACAUGACAACAUGGGCGAAAUCAAAAUGGCGGGUCCGAUACCACGUUUUUUCCCACAGGUCCGAUGGGAGCGCGUGGUAUGACGUAAUAUGACAUUUAUAACUAUUGUUUGGUAUGUUUUUUGUCUGCAUAAACGCCUUUAUGUCGAUUUUACACUAGUGGACAAUGCUGGAGUACACUUACAAGCUUCCUCACAAAAAGAGAGUUACAUCAAUGCCUCAUAUGUGGAUGUAAGUGCAAAAAUGCCUUCUUAUAAGAUUUUUUUGGUAAUAUAUAUAUUCUGUUUAUUUAUUAAUUGAACACAAAAAAUCGCAAGUACUAAAUUUAAAAAUAGUCAAUCAAUAAUACAGAAGAAUAGCAAUAUUACAUGAAUUCACAAAUCAAAAACAUUUUAAAGAAAAUGUUUAAUCAAUGUAGCGACGAAACCUAAUAAAGGCUAGGAGCUCAUAAAAUAAGUAUUCCCAACAUGUUGAUUUGAAGAAAAAACUCAGUAGUUUCAAGUUCUCUAGAAAGCUUUCUGGUGCAACGUGUCCAUAUGUUUUGAAUUUGUUCAAUCUAUAAGUAUAUAUUAUUUUCCAGUAUUUUCUUUUUGGGUAGAGAGGUACUGUUAUUCUUUUCGUAUUGGUAUACUCGUGUUGCUUAACUUGACGUCCACCUUUUCUUUUGAACUUUUAUUUUUCAGGACUAUAGAGAACGGAAUGCAUACAUCCUGACUCAAGCGCCAUUAGAAAACACCAUUAAAGACUUCUGGCUGAUGAUUUCUUUGUAUAAUAUUGGCACAGUUGUAAUGUUGAAUAACUUGAAAGAAGGAAGGCAGGUACGAAUCAUGACAUGUUUCUGAAAAGCACUAAACAACACUCUUUGCUACGUAUUUUCAACCAAGAAAUGUACAGAACCUGCCUAAACUAUGAUGUUAAAGCUCUAAUGAUUUAUAUCAAAACAGCCACUGAUAUGGGCAACUGAUGGAAAUCUCUGGCAAACUUUGAUAGAUUGCCACUAUACGUUAAAAGGUGGCAAAAAUAAUGGGACAAAACACCUCUAAAGAAUCAAUUAACGCAGUGAAACUAAUAUGCUCUCAAAAAUUAUCCGGCAAAGUGUAACUUUCCCGCUGAGACUCUUUGACUAAACCACUGUCACUUGUAAAUACGAUACUCGUCUGCGUUACUAGCUGGCGAAAUGAAAACUUCCAAAUGUUUAGAGCACAUGUCACUCUAGUUCGGAUAUCUUCUCAACACCUUUAGACUGAAGAAGCUUUAUCGUCGAGGGAAAGUAACAUUUUACAACGAUUGACCCCGGAAAAGUUGGAACUCUUUACUGGAAAAUCCUUGCAACCCCUUUUUUUAGACCACGAUAUUAAGUAUAUAUAAUUAUAUCACGGAUCAAACAUGUAGCACAGUUUUUCUUUUUGUAGAGUUACCCAAAAUACUGGCCAAGUGAGGGAUCCGCCAGGUAUGGUGUAGUCACUGUUCAGCUUUUGUCCCAAGAAACCUCGAACAAUAAAACUACCAGACGAUUUACCUUAGAGAAUGCAGCGCUACGGUUUGUUUGUACAAGUAUUACAAAGUUUUCUGUUCUUUAGGUAGUUUGGAACGAACUUCUUCCCAUAGCAAUGGUUGCGGUUUACUUGAAUUAGUAUUCGAAGCUUCCCUGUGUUAUGGGUAGUUUCGAUGAAACUAUAAUCAAUACCAACAGAAAGUGUUUAUAUAUUUUCAACGCGUGUGAUUUAUGUUAAUGAAAGGUGGAUGGUUUGACCUUAACUCUUUCAAUAUCAGGAGAGACCACUCUGUAAAUUCUCCUUACAUUAUCGAUACAGUGUCUAAAGGAUAUUAUUUGAUUUAACACUAGAAUUUCCGCUGAACUUAUGCAUUAUUAUGGAAUCGAGUUUGUUUGCUCGCUUUUCAAUAUCAAUGUUUCACUCCACAUAAACAAGCUAAUCCUACAUUUAAAGUUGAUUUUUUAAUAGGCAUCCGUUUUGAAGAAUGGUGUGAAUUUCUUCCUAUUUUAAUUUGUUUUUCAAUCUCAUGACAGGAAGUCAACUAUACAGCAUAUACAGUACACUGAUUGGGCCGAUGGAAACUCGUGCCCAGAUCCCAAGGAGAUACUUGAACUGAUGAAUGCUGUACAACAGUCUCAGCAGCAAUCAGGAGAUGGAGUCAUUGUUUUUCAGUGCAGGUUAAGAGCGCUCUUUAAGUAAAGAGUUCUCUAGAUGUUAUCAUAUGUUUGAAUGGAUUACUACAUAUAACCCUAAAACGUUAAAAGUUAUGGUUAUUGAUACAGAGCUUAAGCAGCGAUCUUUUUGAGACACCGCUUUAGCAUUUUAAACCAAACCGCGCCAACGAAAAAUAUUGUUUGAACACCAAAAUGAUAAUUUUAACUUCUGGUUGCCGUCUGCUUCCCAAAAACAUCUGUGCUUAAGCUCCCUAAUGUUUUACUCGGCACAUACGUCAUGCCCGAAUUGCUCAAAGUCAGUUUGUUAGACAUUAUACUAAUAAAUGACCAAAUAUUUAUUUUUUCUACACAAUGGUAGAAGGUUUAAAUGGUUACUGUAGAUGACCUUAUCUAGCGUAGACAGUGUUAUUGGUUGAACAUGUCUGAAAAAAGUAAACACUUGACUCGCUAAUUAUAAAUUAAAGGCUAACAAGAAUCAAGGCAAGAAAUUGCAACACGAAUAGACAAUCGUGUUCUUUUCAUUUUUUCUGAAUAGUUACCCGUUUUAUCUUUCUAUAGUGAUGGUAUUGGCCGCAGUGGCUGUGUAGCUACCAUAAUUUCAGUGAUCGAACGAGUCAAGAUUGAACGAACAGUUGAUGUUUUCCAGACUGUAAAACUAGUUCGAGCAAAGAGACCAGGUGCUGUCAACACCCUUGUAAGUUGAAAAAUGUCAUAAUCCAUUGUUAUAACUUUACUCAUUUCUAGAUUGCCAGAGGAAAAACAGGGGAACUCCACUCCGGCGUUUUAAUACCGGGAGUAGGGGCCCUCCAAGGUACGCCUGACUUUAUCAAAACACGGAACUUUGCUUCGAAGAAUUAGAAUUGAAUUUCUUUGCUGUUCAGUCAUUUCUUUUGGGUUCUGAGAAAAUAACAUGGUCACUUUGCCGAGCGCUCACAGAUCAAUAGCGUUAUUUUUCGUGAUCCUAAGGAGUGUUUUUAUGUUUUCAUCUUUUAGGAGCAGUACAUGUUUUGUUACAAAACAGUUCUGGCUUACUUAGACUCUUUCAGCACCUACUCAAACUUUGCGGAAUGUUAA